ACCACCUGUGUCUGCACAGAGCCCUGCAUAAAAGAUGGCUGCAGGCCCGGCCUCCGAUCCCAGGAAGUUGGUAACACUGGAUUCUGCUGAAGGGAAGAAUGACUAUCUUGGUGGCCCUACUUAUGUUCGGAUUCCUGAUUGUGGCUCAGUGCUGUACUCCCGAGCCCGGAGUGGUUAAUGUGGCCCGAAAUGGAGAAGCCAGCCAGAGUUCUGUCUACCAGUUCAGAGUGAUGGGCUAUGCAAACAAGGCCAUUGACGGAAAUGCAAAAAGGGAUUUUCACAAAGGUUUCUGCACUCACACCAUGAAGGACUACGAGCCCUGGUGGAAUCUGGACCUGAAAAAGACCUACAACAUAUCCAGUAUCGUCAUCACAGGCCGCCAGGACUGCUGCAUGCAACGGCUGCUGGGGGCCGAGGUCCGUAUUGGUGAUUCACCCGAUCGCAAAAAUCCUGUGUGCAGUAAGGUCACAGAUGUCUCCAAACCUCGGAUCACUCUGUGUUGCGGUGGGAUGUUGGGUCGAUACGUCAGUGUGGUGAUCACCGGGCGUUCUGAAUUCCUGACACUGUGCGAGUUGGAGGUUUACGCAAAGGAGGAGGUGGCUGAGGUCAUUCAGAAGAACCAUGUCUGCUGGUGACAUCACACGGACAGUGAUCUCCAGCAGUGUUUGGAGAACAUUAAAUUUGGUUAUUUUCACACUAAUUUAAAAUAAACCUUCCCUGAGCAAAAUUCAGGGUCUGCU